CAAUACUGUUCGAUCGCGCCUAUAUACGAAGAUGUUAAUGGAUUACCAGGCGCUGAUGUCACCCAACCAAGAUACGGUGGCUGUUACCAUCAAUGUCGCGUUAUCUAUACAUCAAAUUGGGCAAGUGAAUGAAGCGGAUGGCACCGUAAAAGUAUGCUUUGGACUUUAUCAGAGCUGGAUGGACCAAACACUAUCUUGGGACAUGGAGGAGUAUAACAUCACAUCUAUCUACAUUCCAAGACAUGCUGUUUGGGAACCUGAUACUACAUUACACAUGGGGGUAGCUACCAAGGAGACCAGCUCUAAAAAUGUUCUUGUUUUUGCGAGUGGAAAGGUGGCCGACGUGAGUAUCAUGGAGGCCUCUCUACCAUGUGUCAAAGGGAAGCCAAGUGACGAAAGCAGCAAUGGUUUGGACGAUGAAAUGAAUGGAAAGACGAGACGGAGGUGUACUUUGAAAAUGGGUUGUGCAAUACAGUCUCAUGCCGCCAUUUUGUACCACGCCACACCACCUGAUGUCACAGCUCUUGAAGACAUUAAGGAUGAGUGGUGGCUGGAUGGAGUGAUUAUCAAGCAGGAGGUGCAAUCAAGACCAAGCCCCCAUGGACCGAUCUCCUUGGCAACCUUCAACUUUAACAUGAUCAGUAACACAGAAACGUCAAACACCCCUAUUCAGUUAGUGGCACCGUCCAUCAUGACAUCACUUGCAGCACUGGGUGUGUUCUUUCUCCCACCAAUGGCAGGAGAGAGGAUUCUUAUGGUAGGGAUGGCUUUUCUUGGACAACUCAUCCUUGCAGGAUUCAGCGUCCUCGUGCAGAUCCAGUCCCAUGAACAAACAGACUUGUACAACUUUAUGCUCUUUUCAACGGUUUACAUUUUUCUCAUCAUUGCUGCUGUUUUAUUGUUGUUCUUCGUCCUUCCAUUGCUGAAGAGAUUCAAAACUAAAGAGGGCAAUACUGAAGAGGAUGGGGAGCAGUUGUUGACCAUAGCUGAAAAGAAACUUGUAUCAACAAUACCAGAUGCUGUUAUGUUCAUCAUUUUCAUCUCCUUAUACAUUGUCGGCUUGGCAACACUGUUCUCUUGAAAAUGUGCACGUUUCCUGUUUUUGAGGACAUGAUACUCAUACCUGGGUGUGAUGCCAGUAUCAUUAUCCAAGGCUUCAAAUGAUAACAUCAUCAUGUAAAAUAAGACUAUAUGAAGUAUUUCUAAUGGAGACAACUGGAGAUUCUUCAUUAUGAGCUUACGUUAAUUUGAAGAGGCUGUAGCCUUGCAAUAUCUUGUAAAAUUGAUUCCAUCUCUCGAAAAUUGAAUGAAAUUUAUUCAGUAUUUUAAAUUCAUUUUAGAUCUUAGUGAAUCACCCCUGGUUCAUAUCUUUAAGAGUUGCCAUUGAUUCAAAUUGUUCUUUACUAUGGAAAGCAAGCAUUGCUAUUUGUUAUUCAGAUUCUAGAAGGGGUAUCAAACUAUAUCUUUUUUAACAAAAUGUGAAUGGGUGGAUUGAUUAUACAUCUUUACUCUUGGAAAAAGAUGAAUUCAAAAUGUAGUCAAGUGACAUCAGCAUUGUGAGAGUACAGGCAUAUGUGCAGGGUUUUCAUGACAAAUGAUGGCAUUGCUUGAUGCCUAUAGUUUAGAUUUACCUGAAUGAAUAGAACUUGAUGAUACAGAGUUUGCACCAGGUUUAUGUUAAGGUAGUGCAUGAAAUCUGAAGACAAGAUGAUAGACACUUGUACCAAGCUACAAAAUGAGGUUAUUAAUAUGCCAUGGUGAAGUCCCUUUUUUGUGCUGUAAGCUUAUAAACGUCAAAUGGGCCUCCGGGGUUAGUUGGAAAAAAAUUGAAGGGGCUAGUUGGAACAUGUUCCAACUUACCCCAAACAUAAUUAUGAAUAAAAAUAUUUAUAGUAUUUCACACUCUUCUGAACAUGUAUUGUAUAUCAUGCUUGUUUUGUUUAUUAGUUAGGUCUGAGUGUGCAUUUAAGGUCACUACGCUGUCGCGCGAAAUUUUUUUUGACUACACUACUCGCUGACUUUUUACUUUCAAGUCUUGCGCAUCAUUUGAGACCAAAUUUGCGGUGCCUGUGUGCGCGGUUUUUGAAAUUACGCAACAUUUUGUACGUGCAUGUCGGACCCAAAAUUGCUCAAAAACGUGAUUCCAUGUACAAGGUCAAUGCAAAUUGUGUUUUUCAACCAAAAGUCAUAAAUGUACGAUUAUUUAUUACUUUUGUUGGUUCAAAUAGAUUUAUUUUAUGCUAUUUAUGAUCGCAAAAGAGUCCCGACAAAGUUCAUCGGAAAAAACAUAGGUUCGAAAAAACAAAGAAAUACAAAAAAAAAAAAAAAAAUACAUAAGAAAUUAUAUUUUUUGCAAUUUUUUGUGGAUAUUUGUUAUAAAUGUGAAAAUUGAUACUCUCACCAAAAAUUUGCAUUCUACUAGCUUGAUAGAGUUAAAGGCAAAAACAUACAAAAAAAAUUUAGGGCAAAUUUCAUAUGCUUAUUUGCAUAAUUAAUUAAUGAAAAAAAUAUAAACAAUUAAUUUUUGUCUUGUAAAUUUGAUGCAGAAGUACAUGAAAUUGCUGAUAGUACACUUAAUUGUAUGUAAAAUCAAACGCACCCAAAUAUGCGGAAUUCUACUACACAGUCUGCUUGCGUGAGUGGCUGUAUACAGUAAUAG